AUGUGGCUCAUAAACAUGAAUAUACGUACCCUGGUUGGUCUCAUGCAAUUAGCUGUAUGUGUUGUUAUUGUAUUACACAUCCGUUUAUAUACUAAAUCAUUGGAUUUAUCUGAUGCACUUCAAACUUCUCCAACACCCGCCAAGAUCAUCAACACAGCUAUUAUUGAAUCAUCUCCAAAGCGAGCCCCCAUCAUUUUCAAAUGUACCAGAAAAUAUAAAGUAGCUUUUACAUUUGAUGAUGGUCCUCAUCCUACUUACACGCCGCUCGUCGUAAAAACUUUAAAUCUACAUCGAGUGAAUGCUGGUUUUUUUCUUUUGGGCACCUCAAUUCAAAGCUUUCUGAGUGCUCGUAAUAAUCUUAGCGUUCAUCAAUAUGAAAGGCCACGCAUAGGCUAUUUGCUCUUACAAGAUUACUCAUUAAUCGAAGAAUUAUUCGCUCAGCAUGAUAUUUAUCUUCACGGAUGGUUACAUGAAAAAAUUAAUGAAAUGCGUCUACAAACAGUCGUUGAUAACAUUUCAACACAGCUAAUAGAAAUUGGUCUUCUAAAAGGAUUCAAACCAGUCUAUCGAGCACCGUGGGGAAUCGGUACAGCACCUGGUACUGUCAACGGCAAAGCAAUACUUUCGCAAAUUUUAAAUCAAAUAGGACUUAUACCUGCACAUUGGACUAUUGAUUCAAAGGAUUAUCUUAUGCAAAUUGAUGAAUAUAAUUUAACUAAUAACAUCCUUAAAAUGAUCUGUAGAACAAAAGGUGGUCUUAUUUUGAUGCACGAUAAUCGACCAACCACAGCUAAUUUUCUUGAUGGAAUUAUUCGGUCGAUUAAAGCAAGUGGGCACAGUAUUGUGCAUCCCAGUGAAAUCAGUAGACAGUGGAAUAAUGAAACUUUAAUCAACAAAACGAGAAGAUUUACCGAAUUUCUCAGACAUAGAGUGGAAACAAUACAAAGUUCACCAGCAAAACUUCAAGCUCAUAGGCUUUUUCGACCAGUAGAAAUUUCCUUGCCAACCGGACAGCGUCAAAAUAAUAUUCUACAGAGCAUUGAUGCAAAUGUAAGAUACAAAGGUACCAUUAAAGUAUUACCUAACAUAAAUGAUUUCGAAUUAAAUGCAAACAAUACGAAACUGCUUAUCAAAACUGCUUCAAAAGCAGAGUGA